UGGGUAACUAGGCAACCGCCCGCCCGCUCCUCCUCUCUGAGCUAGGGACCGGCCGAGCUGCCCCAGCCAGGCCAGGAGUAUGGCUACCUUUCAGCAAAAGAUCGUAAAUAUGAUCAAGUGUUUUAGAAGACAAUGGUGCUUAUUUUCAGACUCAGAAAGGACUACUGUUUGUGGUGCAGACUGCAUGAUGAUGGCUUUACAGCUAUCAAUGGCUGAAGUCAAUAAACAGCGUCAUGGAGAUUUCACAGUGUCUCUUAGUGAUGUGGUGGAAACCUGGAAAUACUUGUUACAUGAUAAACUGGGAUUGAUAUGUGAGAAUAUGGAAGCACCUGAAAAUUAUGCUGAUAUCAAAAAAGCUUAUGACUCCUUCUUAAAGAGGAGUAAUAUGUUAGAUCUAAUUGAUAUCUGCCAGCAGUGUCGUACAUUAAUACCUGAAUCUGAAAUUGAAGAGAUGUCCCCUGUUCAACUGUUAAAAUUUAUCUCUGGCUUAUCAGAAGAGAACGGUUCUAGUCUUUCCAUACCCUCAACACCAAUGAGACACAGCCAGGAUAAUGUGAAGUUGCUAUUGAUCGUGAAGAAGUUUGUUUAUGCAUAUUUAAGCCUGUUGGUGAAUUCUAAGAAUGAUCUGGCCCUGGCUCAUGUUCUAAAUAUUCCUGAUAGAGGACUUGGAAGAGAAGCCUUCACUGAUCUAAAGCAUGCUGCACAGAAGAGACAAAUGUCCAUUUUCCUGAUGGCGACAUCUUUCAUCCGAAUGAUAGAACUUGGAGGAAAAGGUUAUGCACCUUCACCAUUUGAUACUUUAAGAACCCAUGUAAAGGGACUUUCAGAUUUUGUUAAUUUUAUCGACAAGCUGGAAGAAAUCAUCGGCGAAGUCCUGGAUCCACGAAUUGCAGGGGGGCGAAUUCUAUCAACAAUCAAGAUGCACUUGAUAAAAGGCCGAAACAGUGGGGAUCCCUUCUGUCGAGCAGCAGAGGAAGUUUUACAAGAUUUGGAUUUGAGGAUUAAAAAUAUUAUCAAUUCUCAACAUGAAGCUGUGACUGCUAGCACCACUGGAAUCAGUCCAGCCCGGCCAAAAUUACAUGCCAUAAACCAUGGCACUGCCUACUGCGGCAGAGAAACUGUGAAGGCCUUACUAGUUCUUUUGGAUGAAGAAGCUGCCAAUCUUCCCACCAAAAACAAAGCAGAACUAUUAUAUGGUGAUGAAAAUGUAACACCAUUUGGAAUCACCUCUGUCUUAACACUCUUUAGAUCUCCAGCACAAUCCACUGCGUCUUCUCCAAAACCUCUCAGACAACGUAUUAAAACAUCUGUUGGUGAAAGAAAAAUUAAGAUGAAGCAACCCUUAAUCAGGUCCCAGUUCGCUUGUACCUACAAGGAUGACCUGAUGACUGAGAAGAAGGGUCAGCACUUCUUCAGUAGGAGCCAAAUCCCGACUUGCAUACAUCCAGCACCAAAACAAAUGCUUUCUCUCUGUUUAGAAGCUGAGACUUUUGCAGAAGGUGUAAAGUCACCUCCUGAAAGACCAGCACUUGGAACCAGUUCUGAAAAUGUUCUUCAGAAUGGAAGUAAAAGUGAAAAAGCAAAAAGUUGUCAGCCAAGAAACAAGAGCUCAAAGAGGAAACACAUGGCUCUGAAUAGUGAGAAAGUCAUCUGCAAUAAUGAAAAUGAACCAUCUCAGUACACAAAUAUUAAGAAACCCAAGAUAUCAAACAUACUACAGGAGAAAUUGGACAGCAGACUAGAUGGAGCAGCAAAAAGCAACAAGGCUACAGCCAAGAAUAAAUUGAUUGCUGGUCAGAGAAAGUUAACUGACUUUUUUAGACUAUGAAUCUUAUUUUUAUUUUGAUGUAUAUAGUAAAUUUACUAUUCCAUAAUAAACAUUGUACAUUUUGAAAGAACAAGAUAACAGGUGCAUUAACACAUUUUGGCUUCAUAGUGUCCAAAUAUAUGAUGUUAAAGUAGGUUACAUAUAUUCUUCAUUAGACUAUAGUGACAAGUCUUGAUUUGUAGAAUUGUCAGUUUCAGUAACAAUACAUCAUAACUAUUACAACUAGGUUAUCUAGUGAAAAUGUCAAUCAUGUUUCCCUCUAUUUUGAAAUACAGAUAGUAGUAUUUAGAUGUACAUAUAUAGCAAUACCAAAAGCACAGUAACUUCAAGUUUCAUUAAAUUGGCAACCAAUGCUUCUUUAGAGAGGAGGCCAACAGUUUUCAAACUUGCCAACAAGGUCGAUAGACUCUUCCCAACAUACACCUGAGCACUGAAGAAAAAAAUCAUUUUACUCUUUUUAUAUUCUAAGUUGAAAUAUUUUUUCUGUGGAAAAAUACACACAUACUUACUGUCAAAAUCUCUCCUUCCUAUAGGAAAUUUAGCUGAGUUUUCUUCAUCCCCGGUCUCUCGCCUUUCCUGUAUUGAUUCAAUAGUCUGAAUUUCAGUGUCAGCUGGAAAAGCCAUAGAUCCUUUCAAUGCAAGAUAAGGUAGCUGUUUUAUACCUAGGUUCAGUGGCGAACCAUGGCUUAUGAAAUUGUGUUUGGAACCUAUAUUCUGAAGUAAGGAAAAAAGAUUUAAACAAAGGCAUUAUAACAGUCAUUUAAAAGACAUACAAUGCCACACAUUGGGACUUUGGCUAAGAAACCUUAAAAUCAAAGUGCAUGUUAGAAUAAGGUGGAUGAUCAGCUUAAUUUCAAUUUAGUUAUUCAGUGGGAUUGAAACCAUCUUGGUAUGUAUGGCUAAUCCAGUUGACAUUCUAAGAUAUAUUUUUAGUACAGAAUGGGCAAAAUUUUCAAACAGUGAUAAAAAAGUAGACUGAUAUUUUCUUACAGGUUCUGACCACCUGGAAUCCUGGUAAAAAUCAAGUCAUUUGUUUAGUUUCCCAAACUCAGAUUUAGGUGACUAAUAUUAGAUACCUAUAUUUGAAAACUUAGCAUUCAAUAAUUGCAUGAUCUUGUAACUGAAACCAUCCACCACAACAUUCUUUUAAAUUGUAAGCUUUUAACCCUUUUAAAAGGACUAUAAAUUGAGCUUUUAUUCAUGUUUUAGUGUUCAAUAAAAAAUGGAAACUCACUAAGAA